CGCUGCUCGCUCGGACGUCAGCGAAAUGCGGCCGUGUUGACGCGAUGAGGGCGGCGGGCAUGGGUGCGCGCGCGCUGAUAAUGGCGGCGGCGGCGCUGGGCGCGGCGGCGUGGGGAGCCGGCGGCGGCUGUGGCGUGGCCGAGUUCGCGUGCCGGAGCGGACAGUGCGUACGCCUCGACCGCUUCUGCGACGGCACAGCCCAGUGCAUGGACGGCAGCGACGAACCGCCCCACUGCUCGCCAUGCAACCGCACGUACUACGGCCGCGCCGGCGUCGCCUACGCGCUCUCAGUCGGCGCCGGGGCCGGAGUCGGCGACGCGCCGCCGCCGCCGCCGCCGAGAGUGCCGUUUCUGUGCCAUUUGACGUUUACCGCGGGGGGUGGGACACAUGGGGACUUGGUUCAACUGGCGUUUGAGGAGUUUCGAGUUGCUGCUAAAUAUUUUAUCACUGCUUCGCUCUGUAACUUCAAGUGGUAUAGUGGCGCCAGCGUCGCCUAUGCGCUGCCGCCUCCGAGAGUGCCGUUUCUGUGCCAUUUGACGUUUACCGCGGGGGGUGGGACGCAUGGGUACUUGGUUCAACUGAAGUUUGAGGAGUUUCGAGUGGGAAGAUAUACCCCAGGCAACGUGGAUGGUUGCCCCGACGGCUACAUGCAGCUAGCAGAGCUUGGUCGUCCAUUCACUGGCGGUUCCUGGUGUGGUGCGUCAGAAGGUGCAGCGUUGUACUACAGUGAGACAGCCACUGUCACAGUCUCUGUCAAACUGUUCAGAGCUCGCCUUGGGGAACCUUUUGGUCUGAAGCUGAGAUACAAGUUCUUGCAGCAGAGAGAUGCCGUUGUAAGGUUUGGUGCACUAGAAGCCCCUUUAGAACGCGGAGCAGUAUCGCCUGGAACCUACUGUACGCGGACCUACGAGGAAUGUCACCGAAAACCUUGCCGCCUCCAAAGCCCCAACUACCCCGGAAUGUACCCUCGAAACGUGACCUGUUACUGGAGUUUACGACAGAAGGAUAUACCGACUUGUAAACAUGCUAUGAUAUCUGUAAGGCAGGAUCAUUCACAUAAGAUGCAGAUUAAGAGAUCCAUAUCGAUGGCCAGCCUAAACAAGACGGGUCGAGCGGUACGAGCGUGGCGAGAAUGCACAGGCGAGCGCGACAGACUAAUCUUCUACGACGGUGCCUCAACAGACGACCCAGUACUAGUCGAGUAUUGUGGCGGAGACUGGCUUCCAAGAGUCACGGCCCGUGGCCCGGAGAUGCUAGUAGCAUUUCAUUCCUCACCGUAUUCAGCGCCGUUGAGACCGCCUGCGCCACUGGCGCCGUUGAGAGGUUUCGAGCUGGAUGUUGAUGUUAUAUUUGCUGAUUCAGACUCGCUCGACUAUGCAAGGGAGGCACGCAGAUGUGAGUUUCAUGUAAAAGCGUCAUCUACUGAAGAAGAGGGUAAUGGAACAGUGGCUGGCGCUGCUGGGCGAGGGCGGCGGGGUCGAUUACAUGCUCCCACACACACACUUCCACCAAAUACAACUUGUACUUGGACUUUCCAUGGUCGACCAGGUGACUUGGUGUGGAUAUACUUCUCAAGUUUCACACAAUAUUCUUUAGUCGACGGUCGUCGCACAGAAAGCAGUGAAAGAGACGAAGAAGGUGCUAUGGGACCGCCUCGACCUCCUACAAGUACUGCAGCGAGACCUAUUGGAGCACCCUGUGGGGUUGAAUUAAGAGUCUGGGAUGGUGGUGGAGGAGGGGUUAGUGGGGAAGGCAUGUUGCUAGGGCGUUAUUGUGAUGAAGCGCCUCGUCUAUGCGCAAGAGCUGCCUUAGCUAACGCUACACGCUCCCCUCGCCCCUGUUCUCCACCUGAUGGAUACGUCUCAACAGCGCCUUUAUUAGCUUUAGCAGCUACGAGUCGUUCCGGAACUGCCACUCAUCCUUUACGAUUCGCGCUGCACUAUGAAUUUAUAGAUGCGCGAUUAGCAGGAGCUGCGUUACCAAGUAAUAUACCGAGAGUAGCACGGCCAGUGCCCUCGGCUUGUGCAAGGUUACUCACUCGUCCAGGAGAGUUAUUGUCGCCAGGAAAUGCUUUAUGGUUCGGACGAGGCGGUGCUCGCCGUUUGCGCUGCGUGUACAGACUGCAGUCAGAAUCUCAUGUGGCGAUAGAACUAGCUCAAGCUUCAUUCGGAAGACGACCGCGUUGUUUCACUCGUUCAGACCCGGCUAGUGGCCGAAUGAGGUGCGUACCAGAGGCUAUGGAGCCAGAGGAAACUCAUGCAGAAGAAAAGGAAGCAGACGAAGAUUUUGACGGGGAAGAUGACACGCCCAUGCGUGUACCGCAUUUGAUGAUUUAUGAGGCUCCAUGGCCGGGCUAUCGGGUACCACUCGGCUGUAUAUGUGACAACACAUCCGCGCCGAUCCGCCAUUCCGGCGCCGGCGCUCUCGAGCUCGUCCUAACCGCGCGCUCAUUGGCCGCCGACGAAGAUGCCCGCCAUCUUCAUUUCCGUGGGUCUUGGAGCACCCCGACGGCUCCGGCGUAUAACUGUGCGGCGAGAAGGCGGUUACCUCCGCCGGGUGGCCAUAUACAUCUGCGUUACCCCUACGAUGGUAAUCGCGCCUCAGAAUGCGGCGAGACCCCCUUCCUCCUCAUGGCGCGGGGUAACCGCUCGGUAUUCCUCCGAGUGUGGGGCGAUGAAUUACCGCUCACGCCGCCGCCGCCUCCGCCCGCCGCCGGCGCGCCGCCGCCGCCGCCGGAACCGCCGCUGUGUCACACCACUAAUCGCGUGCUGGUGUACCAUGCGCACACUUCUAGAUUGUUGAAGGCGAUCUGCCCAAGUAGCAGCGACGAGGGCCGAGCGGUCCAAAUAUUCACCGACGAGUGGUGGGGCCGCGGUCGCGGUGGCGGUUCCGGGUCCGCACUACUCGUAGUCUGGGCCGCUAAGGAAGCCGGCUCCGCCCGCUUUGCCUGGAUGGAGGUCUGGCGGCCGGCGGGCACCGGGCCUAUAGGCACUCCUGGUGCCGAGCCAGUCAACGCUACAGCCAUGUGUGUAAGAGGCUGUAGCGCUUUAGCGGCGUGUAUGCCUGCCGCGCUUUGGUGUGACGGCGCGCAGGAUUGUCCAGGUGGCGCUGACGAAGCAGCCGGGGCCGGUUGUGGUGCAGCCGCGCGCUUGCUAGCGGCUUUAGGUGCUCCCGCUGCAGCAGGCGCGCUUGCAGCGCUUGCAGGCGCUGCCGCUUUAGGAAUACUACUACUAGCUGCGCUCAGAAGGCGUCGACGAGCAGAUAAAGCGCUGUUAGCGGCUGGCGGACGGCGCGCCACAGAAGAGCUACUUUUCGACUCCAGAGCGUCGUCGGCCGCCUCCUGACGGCGCGAGCGCUCCGUCGAGUACAUUCACGUGGACCGAGAGACCACGGUGUGACGGGGCGCUUAGCUGUAUAUACGCGCUGGUUGUAAAUAGCGCUCACUGUACAUAAUGUGCUGCACGACGUGACGCGACGUCUCCUGUGAUAUCGUACCUUACGUUGAUAGUUUUAUCUCGUUAUAGUUCUAUUGUUAUGUUGAUCUCGGUGACGUGUUUAUGUUCGGCCGAUUUGUUUGCGCUCAAUACUGAAACGGCGUAUGUAAUAUGUAAUUCAGUAGAUUGUACGUCGUUUUGGUUAAUGUCGUUGCAUUUCACGAAUGUAUAUUUGCUCUUAAGGCUUGUUUAGAUAGUACGAGAACUUGUAUGCGAGAUUCAUUAGAUUACUGUAUAUUAUUGGUAAUCUUACCAAUUGGUUACUGUAACAUAAAUCACAUGCGAGUUUGCGCGCUGUCUAAAUAAGCACAUUAUUAUUGAGGUAUUAAGUUUUAAUAUCGUUUGUUCGUGAGAUGUAAUAUCUAUACAAUGAAAACGAAUGGGGCGCGUUUUUAGUCCUAUAAGUAUUAUAUUCUAUUGAUAUUUUUGAAGAACUGUCCCGUCCCUCGUUUUCACUUAAGUUAUACGAAACACUGAUUAAACACAUAGUUCAAAUUUACGAACUAAA